GUCAGUAGAGACCUCACUGGUAAGGUACUCUGCGAUCUAUCAAGACUCACUCUGCAGGAGCUGCAAUACAUCUGUCACCAUGAAGUUGUUUCUGGCAGGAAUUGUUCUGUUUCUGAUAGUGGAAACCAAUGCCCAGUGGUACAACUUUCCUCGUGAAGCAUUCCAAGGAAGUCGUGAUAUGUUGCGAGCAUACAAUGAUAUGAGGGACGCCAACUGGAAAAACUCUGACAAAUACUUUCAUGCCAGAGGAAACUAUGAUGCUGCCCAGAGAGGAGCAGGCGGUCGCUGGGCCGCUGAGGUUAUCAGUGAUGGCAGAGAGCUGUGGCAGGGGUCUGUGUCAGGUCGUGGCGCCGAGGACACUGCUGCUGAUCAGGAGGCAAACAGGCAUGGACGCAACGGAGGAGAUCCCAACAAAUACAGGCCGGAGGGACUCCCUGAGCAAUAUUAAUAUGAAAACCAUUAACCACUGAUGUUGGUAGUGUUGGAGUUACUCACGAUGCAUCUACAGUAUAUGUGGUUUUCUUCAACACAGAUUCAAAAUAAAAGACUUUCUG